AUGGAGGAUCUUGAUCUAAGGUCAAGUGAUAUUCGUCUUUUAGUGUAUAAAGCGACCAACUUGGAUGUAUCAUACAACAAGUGUUGGAAUGCUAGGAGGAAGGCGAUGAUAAAAAUAUUCGGAGAUUGGGAUAAAUCUUAUGAAAUCUUACCACAUUAUCUCAAAGCACUCAAAAGAGAAAAUCCGGGGACAAUCUAUGAAGUAUCAUCAGACCCUGUUGAUGGUGGAGAAUGGCGGUUCACAUGUGUAUUUUGGGUAUUUGGGCCUUGUAUUAAGGGUUUUAGAUAUUAUCGUCCUCUUCUUAGCAUUGAUGGCACCCACUUGUAUGGCAAGUACAAAGACAUAUUGCUUGUUUUAACUAGAAUUGACAUAGAUGACAGAUUAUUUCAUUUGGCAUUUAUAGUGGUUGAUGUUGAAAACACAGAGAAUUGA